CACGAGCAUAUUGUGCAGCUGCUAAUCAACAACGGCGCCAAUCCCAACACUCCUGGUGGACAAUGGGGAAACGCCCUCUACGCAGCUUCAGCAGAAGGCAAUGAGCGGAUUGUGAAGUUGUUGCUUGACAAUGGUGCCAAAGUCAACGCCAUGGGGGGAUACCACGGCAACGCGCUCCAGGCAGCUUCAGUAGGAGGUCACGAGCAGGUUGUGAAGUUGCUACUCGACAAC